AUGUCGGACGACUCGGUGGAUAUAGUGUUCGAGAAGGCCAUUGCUACUAUCCAGACAUUGUCCUCCGUGAAGGGCUACCAUGCAUUGCCCAGGCCCCCGGCAAGCACGCGGAUACAGCUGUAUGCAUUGUUCAAGCAGUCGACGGAGGGAGACGUGGAGCGGAUCCUGCCACGGCCGCAGGGCAACCCGAACGUGCCGGAGUUCAACAUCGCGCUCAAGAAAUGGGAGACCUGGAAGUCCAAGGAAGGCAUGUCUAGCACCGAGGCCAAAAAGCGCUACAUCCAGCUGCUCAUAAAUACGAUGAAAACAUACGCCAUGGGAACUCUGGCCGCGCGCGAGCUGCUGUCCGAGCUGGAGUUCCUGUGGUGGCAGGUGUCGCGCAACAAGGAAGACGGCAGCGAGGUCGUCAGCGACACGCACGCGGAGUCCGAGAGCAUGGUGCUGCUGUCCCGCGGCGAUCGGCUCGACCCACAGACUUUACGGAUGAAGGAGGAGAUAUACUACGCCCUGCUGAAGGAGCGCAAUUCACACUUUGGCCUCUUGAAGGCCCGCGCGCUGGCCCGCCGUGACGACGACAAACCGGAUCCGGAUAUCACCGACAAGGUACGGCGCAGGUUGGUAUGGCUCACGGGCGCCAUACUACGCCACGCCUGGAAGGUGCUCCGCCGGCUGGCGCAGUGGCUACUGGUGGUUGCGGCGGUGUUUGUCCUGGGCAGACUCAGCACGGGCGGCCGCCCGCUGAAGCUGGUUUUCAAGCCUGCCUCGCCUGCGCCGAGGACCAACCUCCUCAGCUACGUCGGCCGCGCCGUCUUGUGGGCGUUCCAGCUGUUGAACAGCCGCUUGGGCAGAUAUCAAUUACAUACCCUCUAUAUAAAACUGGAAUAG